AUGGCUGUCUCUUAUCGAAACGCCUCCAUCACGGCAUCUCGCCCAGCAGCAUCUCCCAUCAUGGAUCUUCCAUUGCAACGCCUUUCUCUCACAACAUCUACCGUCAUUGCCGUCUCCCAUCACGACGCUUUCUAUCGCAGCACCUCACGACAUGGUGCCUUCUAUCGAGGCAUCUGCACUGGCUUUUCUCACGUCAUCGGCACAUGUGUCGUGACGAAGUCAUGUACUCUAUUCGGCUUGUCCAAGGUCAUUGCCAAAGCUAUUCGUCAUGGCUUCGACUCACGAGCCUGUCUUCCACCAGAUGACCGACUGAUCACUUCAUCUCAAUAA